GCGGCUACAUGCGAUCGCGUCCCUAUCGUCGUGGUUCGGAUUCUUCUAGUGUGAGUUGGAGAAUCUGAGUCCACUUCACAGCCCCCCUAUUCAUCGUCGAAGCCACUGCAUACUCCUUUUCAAACAUAGCAAAGAUUUUCUAGAGCAAGUGUUUUUGACAGGUUUUAUUUUGAUACGCGAGAUGGGCUCCUCAAGGGUUCUUGUUCUCUUGCUUCUAAGCGCUACCGUCAUGGCCGUGACGGCGGACGUGGUCUCCCUCACCGAUGCCACGUACGCGGACAAACUGAAGGAGCAGGAUACCUUGUGGUUCAUCAAGUUCUUCGCUCCCUGGUGUGGCCAUUGCAGGACUUUGGCUCCCACAUGGGAGAAGCUUGGCACGGCCCUUGCGGACGAAUCCGGGAUCGAAGUGGCAUCUGUGGAUUGUACCACGAGCAAGGCGACUUGCACUAAGGCGGAUAUCCGAUCAUACCCUAGCCUGAAGAUUUUUUACAACGGCGAGGAGGUGAAGAAGUAUCAAGGUGCGCGCGAUCUGGAGUCCUUGAAGGCGUUCGUGCUUCAGGAGUAUGCGGAGGCCACCAAGGCUGCAAAGAGUGAAGAGGCAGCGGUGUUGUAGAGGUGUGUUGCACGAUCGAAUUUUCUCAGUGGUUUAGAGGUUUCGUAAUCACCGCAAACCUAAAUUUGUAUCUUGGAGCUCUUGGCGCUGCGUUUGAGACUGCCGUGACUAGAUCGCUAAGGUAAUUGGAUUAGCUGGUUUCGUUGAUCCGGAUGAGCGGGCAGUUCGUGUGUCGGAGGUUUAGAAUCACAAUUGCCGUGUGGGCAUUUAUGUUCUUCCUUGGUUGAAUUUUAAACUUAAUUGCUGUGUUGAUUAAUCCUUAUACCGAGCAACCAACUUUUUAAUUA